CGAGAAUAUUAAACAAGUGUUAGAUAACGCCAACUCACAACGCGACCGGCUCCCGAUGUCGGCGCACGCGCCGAUCCGUACCAUCGUAUUUCACUAACCAUUCGUAAACCCUAUUUGAAUGGAAUAAAGGCUACAUUUGGUCAGUUCAACGUGUAGCUUAACGUGAACAUUGUGCCGUGGUAAUACGAAUGUGAUGUGUUUGUAAAUUGAUAUUUAAUUUGAUCAUUAUGAGCGGGGUUAUUGGAAAUGGGCAUGCACCGGCCGAGCCGAGCCGCGUCCGUCGCGCCGCGUCGAAGCUGUGCGGGUUGGAGUCCUGGCGGCGGCGGGUCCCCAUCACAACAUGGCUGCCGAACUACAAGCUGGAAUAUUUGUUCCGGGAUUUCAUAGCGGGUUUAACUGUGGGCCUGACGUCCAUUCCUCAAGGGAUCGCUUAUGCCAUCAUAGCAGGACUGCCACCUCAGGUGGGCCUAUACUCCAGUAUUUUCCCCGGCUUCGUGUACGCCAUAUUUGGCAGCUGUAAGGACGUCACCGUCGGCCCGACGGCCAUAUUGGCGGCGCUACUAGCCAAAUAUGUCGCCAGAGCUGAGGCGUUUGCAUAUCUGGCUUCGUUCCUGUCGGGCUGUGUUAUUAUGCUGCUAGGAGCUCUGCAGUUAGGAUUCCUGUUGGAUUUCAUUUCGAAGCCGGUGAUCAGCGGGUUUACCGCUGCGGCCGCGCUGCAGAUCGGCGCCGCGCAGCUCAAGUCGCUCUUCCGCCUCACAGGGUCCUCGGGUAGCACAUUUCUGGAGGCCGUCGUGAAUUUCUUCAGGAAUAUUAAGACGACACAUUUGUGGGACACCGUUUUAGGGGUCACCUGUAUUGUUUUACUGUUGCUUUUGAAGCGUGUAAGGCUUGCAACAGACGAGAGGUCGAGCCCGGCGCGGCGGCGCUGCGCGCGCGCCUGCCUGCACGCGGCGCGCGCGCGCAACGCGCUCGUGGUGUUCGCGGCCGCGCUGCUCGCCUACUGGCUGGCGCUGCGGGGAGCCCUGCCCUUCGCACUCACCGGUACCAUAACAGGCGGGCUACCAAACUUCGCCCCACCCCCAUUCUCAACAACCGUCGGCAACCAGACCCUCGGCUUCGGAGACAUGCUGGUUGUGUUCGGCCCGGAGGGGCUCGUGAUGCCUCUCGUCGCCAUCUUGGAGAGCAUCGCUAUAGCUAGGGCUUUCGCGGGCAGUAAACCUGUAGACGGCACGCAAGAAAUGCUAGCCGUGGGCGCCUGCAACGUCGUGUCGUCGUGCUGCCAGGCCAUGCCGGCCACGGGCUCCUUCACGCGCACCGCGCUCAACCACGCCAGCGGCGUGCUCACCCCCGCCGGCUCCAUGUUCAAAGUUCUACUAGUCCUACUGUCAGUGACACUACUCACUGACGCGUUCUAUUACAUCCCCCGCGCCGUCCUAGCGGCUGUCAUCAUGGUCGCUAUGAUGUCGAUUAUAGAACUGGCUAUUAUACCGACACUAUGGAGGAAUAGCAAGCUCGAGCUCCUCGUGUACUCGGCCACGGUGGCGGUGGGCUGCGCGCUGGGGCUGGAGUUCGGCAUCGCGGCGGGCGCGGCCGGCGACGCGGCGCGCGCGCUGGCCGGCGGCGCGCGGCCCACGCUGCACCCUGCCGUCUUCAAGGUCGGCAACCAGUCCUGCAUCUCGCUAACUCUGGCCGGCUCCCUCGGCUACGCGAGCGCGGAGCACUGCGCGGGCGCACUGCGGAGAGAGGCGCGCGCGACGCCGCUGGUCGUCGUGCUAGAUGGACGAUUGCUGUCAAGCGUGGAUCUUGGGGUUGCCGAGAGCUUAACUACCACAAUCCUGGACCUGGAAAAGCAAGGUCACCGGUUCCUCUUCUGGAACUUCUCCCCUCGACACCAGAGACUGGUGGUGGAGUUGCAGCCUGACUUCGAAAUUAAAUUCGUGGCCGGGCCCAGCAUAGACCAGCAUAUACUAGCUUUAGAUAUCCAAAGAAGACCGACGGUAGUAUACUGAAAAUAGAUACACGUACAGGAGAAGAAGCCUACAGUCCAGAGUAUACAUUAUAUAAAUUCUGUAAAUACUUCAGCUAUUGACAGCAUACUUUAUGUAAAAGUAGAUCGGUAAAAUGAAUAUUUUCAAUUUUAAGCGAAACUUGAAAGAUUUCUUUGUCUUGUUAUUUGCCCCCGGGAAAUGUGAUGGAGUUUAGCUUUUUGUAUGAGAUGAUCUUUAGGUUUUAAUUUUUCUUAAAUACAAUAUAAUCUACAGUAGAGAUAUGCAAUAUCACUGACUGUUUUAUUUAUUUCAUAGAACCCAAUACAAACGCGACAGAUUCUUCGUGCAACACCGGGAAGGGAGACGGCUUUCAUACUAUUUCCCCUCUGCCAAAGCAUAGGUACAACUGUACCUAUGGCGGUGCAUGUUGCGAUUCGUCCGUACACAAAAAGAGAUCGAGGUGUGCAAGACUUGUCUUUGACGUGUGUCAUUUUUUAUGUAUUUGUGUCGUCAUUACAGAUUGGAUUUUGUAUGUAGUGAGUGAGAAGUGCGACUGUGUGCACGUUUCCCCCCGCAAAAAAUGGCAGAAUGAUUUGUUCGGUAAGUUAUCGCUUAGACUACUCCCUUCCGACGUGUCGGAAGCCGGUGUUGCUCGAAGGACAGAUUGGUCAGAAACAAGACAACGCAAAGAAUAUUGACCCAGGUAAUAAGUUUAAAUUACACAUUAUAAAAUAAGCUAGUCACUUUUCCAAUAUUAUGGUGCAAGCUCUGGAAUGUCUAGAUUUAAAUGUAUACAAAUAAAUGUUGAGGUUCAUAUUGUAUGUUUAUCUGAAAAUAAAAAUAUCUAGAUAAAGGCAGGUAGGCAUAGUCCAUUAUUAAAGAUAAAUAUAGUUUAUUAUUCAAGUAGGCAUAUUACAAUGCGCUUAUGAACGUCAAAUAAAGCUACACCGGCUCUAACCCUACACCUCUGACCCGAGAAGAUUUAAACCCCCCCUCAAUUGGAGGAGGGUAUCCCAAUAUGGACCGGCAUGAAACUCGGCGGGACACAUCUUUUCAAAACAUUACAUCUUAUAAUUAACAUUUUUUUGUUAUAAAUUUUUUAUUUUUGAAAGGGUGGUUAUAAACUUUAUUUGAAAUACAAUAAAAUAGAAAAUAAAUUUCAAUAGGGAGUAUUACUGCAAUGUUCUGCAGCCAGAGAGCAGCUCUAUCACAUAUUGUAAACCAUAGAGUAAUUUAUACAUACUGUACUUUAUAUAGUUUUUUGAGAAGUUUUCACUAUAACAUUGAUGCAUCAAGGCGGUUUCUUUACAGAAGCCUACCGCGAAACCCGAAAAUUGAAAUCGUUAUUUGCCUCUCUAUCGCUCGAACGCCCAAGAGUGAUAGAGAGGCGGAUAACGAACCUUCUAUUUUCGAUCCUAAGCAGAGUUUUGCGUAAUAUCCCCUUGUGAAUAUAAUUUUUCUUGAAAGUAUUAUCGUAAACAUUUGUAAUACGUAUUAAAAAUGGGUUACUCAAGUUUUUAUUCGAAUACAUGUUAUAAAUUUCGACUAAUAAAUAUACAGGAUGCCCAGUAAUUAAUGGAUCUUCUAACCACCGACAGGGCACCUUAGGCUGAUCCAGAUAAUGCACUAGUAAAAUUUUCAUGGUUUUCGAGAUAAUCGAACUUUUCUGUCUAGAUGUAAAGUGCCUUGUCCGGAAUGGCGUCGCGCCAUUAAAGUCGGAAUAUCAAAGCACGACGAUGACUGGCUGGAGCACCUUAAGCAGAAAAGUCUUCGUCGUGCACCACCUCCUGCGGACUCAAGAUUUGUAUGCGAUCGAUGUGGAAAGACAUGUCGCGCUGCUAUAGGACUUUAUAGCCACCAACGGCGAUGCCCAGCCCCAUAAACCCACAAGCGCCGCAACAAGCAUCUUUAACAGAUGGUGUGGCCAAUGAGAUUUGUCGUUGGUUAAAAGGUUAUCCAUUAAUUACUCGGGUGGCAUAUGAAAUAUUUAUUAUUCACAAGAACAUAGUUGAGUUGUUGAUAUUUAAAGCAAGUGAAAGUAGUUUUAAAAAUGUUAGCGACCCCGUUUUUAAUUAUGUAUUAUAUCAAUCUUAUAUCGAAUUUAUGUGAAUUAUAAUACUUAACCUACUUUAAAAUGUAUUGAGACUUCAAUAUAAUAUUAAUUUUGGCAUUCCCAAUGUAUUAGUUACUUAGGAAUUAGAAUAAGAAUAACUGUUAUCCUAGAUAACGAUGUGAUAUUGAUAUAUUCUCGUUAAAGAAUAAAAUAUAUAUUUUAUGA